UAGCCUCCUGCCUGUCCACCUGCAGCAAAACCUGGAUGAAAUUCAAGCUUGGGCUGACAAAUAAUUUGGAUAGCUGUAAUCAAGAUCUCUGCUGGAAUGAAGUUACAGGAGGCAACGGAUUUCUUGGUCAAGAAAUCAUAAAACUUCUGAUUGAAGAAAAUCUCUCAGAAAUCAGGAUAUUGGAUAAAGUGAUAGAACAGGCAUUUGUAGAAGAUUUGCAAGCAUUGACUGGAGGUCGAAUUAAGGUGACAGCUUUUAUAGGAGAUGUGAGAGAUAAAGAGCUCCUGCAAAAAGCCUGCGAAGGAGUGACCUGUGUUAUUCACACUGCUUCUGUGAUUGACAUCUGGGGUUACAUCAGCAAUGAAGAGCUAGAAGCCGUCAAUGUUAAAGGAACUCAACUUUUGAUAGAAACUUCUAUUCAGCAGAAUGUGAAGUGUUUUAUCUAUACCAGUAGUGUAGAGGUGGUAGGACCAAAUGUAAGAGGUGAUUCAAUCUGUAAUGGUGAUGAAGACACAGUCUACCCUGGCAAACUAAAAUUUUACUACAGCAAAACAAAACAAAUAGCAGAACAACUGGUGCUGACAUCGAAUGGAUGCCUCCUACCUAAUGGUGAACAAAUGGUAACAUGUGCUGUACGACCCACGUAUAUCUACGGAGAAAACUGCCGUUUUAUGAUACCACAUUUGGAUGAAGGAAUCAACAAUGGAAAUAUUCUGAAGAGAACUUCCAGGAAGCAGGCACUCGUGAAUCCUGUUUAUGUUAGCAAUGUAGCUUGGGCUCAUAUUUUAGUGGCUAGAGCUAUGAAAGACAAGGAUAGAAAGAAAAUUGUUGGUGGAAAAUUCUAUUACAUCACGGAUGAUACCCCACAUAUGAGUUACUCAGAUUUUAACCAUGAGAUGAUGAGCCCUCUGGGGUUUACAAUUCCAGAAAAGCUUAGUAUGCCUCUGCUGCUGAUGUACUUCACAUCUUUCAUGAUGGAGAUGCUGCAGUUUUUGCUACAGCCAUUUAUUACAUAUGUUCCCAAAAUAAACCGACACCUUAUUACAAUGCUCAACACAAAGUUUACCUUUACUAGCCACAAAGCCUUCUCUGAUUUUGACUACAUACCACGUUACAGUUGGGAAGUAGCAAAACAGCGGACCACCGCCUGGCUGGCUUCAAUUGUACAAGACCGGAGAGAUAAUUUAAAUAAAAAAAAGCUAGAGCUACAGAAACAAAAGCCUAAAUCUUAG